AUGUCUCCGUUCGCCCAGCUGAUUGAUCAGAGCAUUUUUACCGUUCCUUCUUUUACUCUAGAAUCUGGAUACGUUCUCAAGGAUGCCCCCGUCGCCUACAAGACGUGGGGAGCCCUCAAUGACAACAAGGACAAUGUCAUGAUUAUCUGUCAUGCCUUUACUGGCAGCUCAGACGUAGAGGACUGGUGGGGCCCUCUCAUGGGCCGCGGGAAAGUCUUCGAUUCAACCCGAUACUUCAUUUUCUGCGCCAACGUCCUUGGAUCACCAUACGGAUCGGCCUCGCCUGUUACCGUCAACCCUGAUACAGGCAAACCAUACGGUCCAGAGUUCCCUCUCACGACCAUCCGGGACGACGUUCGGAUACACAAGCUUGUCCUCGACCACCUCGGCAUUAACUCCGUGGCGGUCGUAAUCGGCGGCUCCAUGGGCGGGAUGGCCGUCCUCGAGUGGCCGCUCUGCACGCCUCCAGGCUUCGUCCGCCACAUCAUCCCCAUGGCCACCUCCGCACGACACUCCGCCUGGUGCAUCAGCUGGGGCGAAGCCCAGCGGCAGAGCAUAUACAGCGACCCGACGUACCAGGACGGCUACUACGACGUUCAACCCUCCUCCGGUCUCGCCGCCGCGCGCAUGGCCGCCCUCCUCACCUACCGCUCCCGCGACUCGUUCGAGCGCCGCUUCGGGCGCAAACCCCAGCGCCCGGCGGUGCCCCCGACGGCGAGCGAUGACGCGAUGCCCACGCCGCCGCAAAGCCCGCGCCAGUCCCCCUCGGCGGACGACACCCUCGCUGCGCACAACGACGGCCUCCGGGUCUCGCAGGGCUCGCGCCCGUCGACGCCGCGGUCGAGCGUCGCGCUCCACUCCGCCACCGCACCCGCGACGACGUCGAGCCCGCCCGCGACCUCCCCCACGACCGCCAGCGAGCGCCCGACCUCGCCCGCGUCGGGCGCGGCGCGGCCGCCGAUCUUCUCCGCGCAGUCCUACCUGCGCUACCAGGGCGACAAGUUCACGGGCCGGUUCGACGCGAACUGCUACAUCCACAUCACCCGCAAGCUCGACACGCACGACGUCUCCCGCGAGCGCCCCCUCUCCCCCUCCUCCCCGUCUGGCGAGAGCGAGGACGACGCGGUCGCGCGCGCGCUGGCCGCGGAGCCCCCGCGCGCGCUCGUGAUCGGGAUCGAGAGCGACGGGCUCUUCAUGCCCGCGGAGCAGCGGGAGCUCGCGGCGGGCAUCCCCGGCGCGCGCCUGGUGAUGAUCCCGAGCCCGGAGGGCCACGACGGCUUCCUGCUCGAGUUCGAGCUCAUCAACCGGCACAUCCUCCGGCACCUCAGGCGGGAGCUCCCGGAGCACUACGCGGGCGCGAUUCCCGAGGAGGCGGAGCCCGAGGGCGACUUCGCGAUCAAGAAGACGAGCCUGUUCGGGGAGGCGGAGGCGGACGUCGCGCGUUGGUAG